ACUAGUAUUCUAUACAGUCAUCCAUGUCAACAAUGGCAUCCCCUAUGUAUUCUACAAUUUUCCUUGUAGCGCUUUGUAUUAGUUCGAUAGCUGGAAGUGCAGACGCACAGACACAGGAUCCCAGUAAUACUACACAACCAACAACAUCAGCUGGAAGUGCAGACGCACAGACGCCGGAUCCCACUACUACUACACAACCACCAACAUCAGUAACUCCCCCAAACUGCCGUGAAGUCGAUAGAGGACAUUAUCCAGCCAAACACUGUAACCAGUACUACGAGUGCCUUCGACAUGAUUUCAUUUUGUUCCCGUCGAGAUACAAACGUGUCUUGAGAACGUGUCACCACAACCAAACAUUUGAUGCCAGCUCCGGGAGGUGUACUGAAGGAACAUGCAGUCCAAAGUCAGUGGCUCCAGUGUGCGUAUGUACAGGAAAGUACCCUGCAGAAAAUUGCAGAGAGUAUUACGAGUGCAAGGCUUUCCUCUGGCCACCGGCGCCGUUGUUGCUUUCUCCCUCAUUCCGCUGGAACCUCCUACUACACUGGGACUACGAGUUAUUACUAAGAACAUGCCAGCCAGACGAAGUAUUUGACGGACAUAAAAGACGCUGCGUGCAGGGUAGCUGCUAAUAUCACUGUUUUUAUUGUGUGCGACUGGUAAUGGCAUCAAUAAAGUCUAGAAUCUCUCCCA